AUGGCUAAUUCACCAAAAUGUCAAAUAAAAACAUGUAAAGACCCCAACGAAGAAUUCUUACAAGAGAAAUCGACAUGUCCACCAGAUCUAUGUAUAUCAAUAGUAGCAAGAUUUAAUUGCACAAAAGCACCUCCUCCUAAACCCGGAUGCAGAUGCAAAUCAGGAUAUUUACGUUAUAAUGAAACAUCAAAUUGUGUACCCAUCUGUCAAUGCCCACAAUUAGCCUCUUCACCAGAAUGCCAACCACAAAAAUGUAAAGAUCCAAAUGAGGAAUUUGUCCAAGAGAAAUCAACAUGUCCACCAGACACUUGUAAUGCUUUAGUGGCAAGAUAUAAUUGUACAAAUGCACCAUCCCCUAAACCUGGCUGCACAUGCAAAUCUGGAUAUCGACGAUUAGAUAAGACAGGCAUAUGUGUACCGAUAUGUAAGUGUCCAGAAAUGGCUUAUUCACCAGAAUGUCAACCACAAACAUGUAAAGAUCCAAAUGAGGAAUUCUUACAAGAGAAAUCGACUUGUCCACCGGAUCUAUGUGAAUCUAUAGUAUCAAAAUAUGAUUGUACAAAAGCACCGCCUCCUAAACCCGGAUGCAGGUGCAAAUCGGGAUAUCUACGUCAUAAUGAAACAUCAAAUUGUGUACCCAUCUGUCAAUGCCCACAAUUAGCCUCUUCACCAGAAUGCCAACCACAAACAUGUAAAGAUCCAAAUGAGGAAUUUGUCCAAGAGAAAUCAACAUGUCCACCAGACACUUGUAAUGCUUUAGUAGCUAGAUAUAAUUGUACAAAUGCACCAUCAUCUAAACCUGGCUGCACAUGCAAAUCUGGAUAUCGACGAUUAGAUAAGACAGGAAUAUGUGUACCGAUAUGUGAGUGUCCAGAAAUGGCUAAUUCACCAGAAUGUCAACCACAAACAUGCAAGGACCCCUAUGAAGAAUUCUUGCAAGAGAAAUUGACAUGUCCACCGGAUCUAUGUGAAUCGAUAGUAUCAAAAUAUGAUUGUACAAAAGCACCGCCUCCUAAACCCGGAUGCAGAUGCAAAUCAGGAUAUCUACGUCAUAAUGAAACAUCAAAUUGUGUACCCAUCUGUCAAUGCCCACAAUUAGCCUCUUCACCAGAAUGCCAACCUCAAACAUGUAAAGAUCCAAAUGAGGAAUUCGUCCAAGAGAAAUCAACAUGUCCACCAGACACUUGUAAUGCUUUAGUAGCUAGAUAUAAUUGUACAAAUGCACCAUCCCCUAAACCUGGCUGCACAUGCAAAUCAGGAUAUCGACGAUUAGAUAAGACAGGAAUAUGUGUACCGAUAUGUGAGUGUCCAGAAAUGGCUAAUUCACCAGAAUGUCAAAUAAAAACAUGUAAAGACCCCAACGAAGAAUUCUUACAAGAGAAAUCGACAUGUCCACCAGAUCUAUGUAUAUCAAUAGUAGCAAGAUUUAAUUGCACAAAAGCACCUCCUCCUAAACCCGGAUGCAGAUGCAAAUCAGGAUAUUUACGUUAUAAUGAAACAUCAAAUUGUGUACCCAUCUGUCAAUGCCCACAAUUAGCCUCUUCACCAGAAUGCCAACCACAAAAAUGUAAAGAUCCAAAUGAGGAAUUUGUCCAAGAGAAAUCAACAUGUCCACCAGACACUUGUAAUGCUUUAGUGGCUAGAUAUAAUUGUACAAAUGCAUCAUCACCUAAACCUGGCUGCACAUGCAAAUCUGGAUAUCGACGAUUAGAUAAGACAGGCAUAUGUGUACCGAUAUGUAAGUGUCCAGAAAUGGCUUAUUCACCAGAAUGUCAACCACAAACAUGUAAAGAUCCAAAUGAGGAAUUCUUACAAGAGAAAUCGACUUGUCCACCGGAUCUAUGUGAAUCUAUAGUAUCAAAAUAUGAUUGUACAAAAGCACCGCCUCCUAAACCCGGAUGCAGAUGCAAAUCAGGAUAUUUACGUCAUAAUGAAACAUCAAAUUGUGUACCCAUCUGUCAAUGCCCACAAUUAGCCUCUUCACCAGAAUGCCAACCACAAACAUGUAAAGAUCCCAAUGAGGUAUUUGUCCAAGAGAAAUCAACAUGUGUACCAGACACAUGUAUAUCAUUAGUAGCAAGAUAUAAUUGCAUAAAUGCACCGCCACCUAAGCCUGGUUGCACAUGCAAGUCUGGGUAUAAGCGACUUACAAAAACAGGAAGUUGCGUACCUAUCUGUCAAUGUCCACAAAUAGCCUACUCGCUAGAUUGUCAACAACAAACAUGUAAAGAUCCCAAUGAGGAAUUUGUUCUUGAAAAACCAACAUCAGACACAUGCAAAGCUUUAGUUGCCAAAGAAGAAUGUAGAAAUGAAGCAACGCCUAAACCUGGCUGUACAUGCAAAUCUGGAUAUCGUCGAAAUGAUACAAGAUAUUGCGUACCCAUCUGUGAAUGUCCAGAAAUGGCCAACUCGCCAGAAUGUGAAGAUCAAACCUGUGAAGAUUAUUCUUACUAA